AGGGUGGCCUGGAGCAGAGAUCGCUGAGCCUCUGAGGGAGGCCGCUGACCGGAGCCGCAUGGAGGACUCCGCGGCCCCGGGGGCCGGGAGCCCGCCCGCCAAUGGCAACGGCAAUGGCAACGGCAACGGCGGCGGCAAAGGGAAGCAGGCAGCGCCUAAGGGCCGGGAAGCAUUCAGAAGCCAGCGGCGGGAGUCGGAGAGUUCUGUGGACUGCCCCACCCUGGAGUUUGAGUAUGGAGACGCAGAUGGGCAUGCGGCAGAGUUGUCAGAAUUGUAUAGCUACACUGAAAACCUGGAAUUCACCACUAACAGGAGGUGCUUUGAAGAAGAUUUCAAGACUCAAGUGCAGGGCAAAGAGUGGCUGGAGUUGGAAGAAGAUGCCCAGAAGGCCUAUGUGAUGGGACUCCUGGACCGGCUGGAGGUGGUCAGUAGGGAUCAGCGACUGAAGGUGGCCCGAGCUGUUCUCUACCUGGCCCAAGGCACUUUUGGGGAAUGUGAUUCAGAGGUCGAUGUGCUACACUGGUCCAGGUACAACUGCUUCCUGCUCUAUCAGAUGGGGACCUUCUCAGCCUUCCUGGAGCUACUACACAUGGAAAUCGACAACAGCCAGGCCUGUAGCAGUGCUCUUCGGAAACCAGCUAUCUCCAUUGCUGAUAGCACAGAGCUCCGGGUGCUGCUGAGUGUCAUGUACCUAAUGGUGGAAAAUAUCCGCCUGGAGCGAGAGACAGACUCCUGCGGGUGGAGGACAGCCCGGGAGACCUUCCGCACUGAACUGAGCUUCUCCAUGCAUAAUGAGGAGCCUUUUGCCCUUCUGCUUUUCUCCAUGGUUACCAAGUUCUGCAGCGGCCUGGCUCCCCACUUCCCCAUAAAGAAGGUCCUGCUUUUGCUAUGGAAGGUGGUCAUGUUUACCCUCGGUGGCUUUGAGCAUCUGCAGGCUCUCAAAGUGCAGAAGCGGGCAGAACUGGGCCUGCCUCCUCUGGCUGAAGACAGCAUCCAGGUGGUGAAGAGCAUGCGCGCCGCCUCCCCGCCCUCUUACACUCUGGACCUGGGAGAAUCUCAGUUGGCACCACCACCCUCCAAGCUGCGAGGCCGCCGUGGUUCUCGAAGGCAACUCCUGACUAAGCAGGACAGCCUGGACAUCUACAAUGAAAGAGAUCUCUUUAAGACUGAGGAACCAACCACAGAGGAAGAAGAGGAGUCUGCUGGUGAUGGAGAACGAACCUUGGAUGGAGAGUUAGACCUGCUAGAGCAGGACCCUCUGGUGCCACCUCCACCCUCGCAGGCACCUCUCUCUGCUGAGCGAGUGGCUUUUCCUAAAGGUCUUCCCUGGGCACCAAAGGUCAGACAGAAGGACAUUGAGCACUUUUUGGAGCUAAGCAGGAACAAGUUCAUCGGAUUCACUCUGGGGCAGGACACAGAUACCUUGGUUGGAUUACCCAGGCCCAUCCAUGAAAGUGUGAAGACCCUAAAGCAGGUGAGCAGGGUGGGCUCUUCAGGCAUAGGGAGCUAUCAAGACAAGUUGGAUCACCAGGGUCUCAGUACUGGGGAAGAGGUGGUACCAGAGACGCCAUGUGAAAUCCUCUACCAGGGCAUGCUGUAUAGCCUCCCCCAGUACAUGAUUGCUCUGCUUAAGAUUCUGCUGGCUGCAGCCCCCACCUCCAAGGCUAAGACAGACUCUAUCAAUAUCCUGGCAGAUGUCCUGCCUGAGGAGAUGCCCGUCACUGUUCUCCAGAGCAUGAAGCUGGGCAUCGAUGUGAACAGGCACAAGGAGAUCAUUGUAAAAAGUAUCUCUGCCCUGCUCCUGCUGCUCCUCAAACACUUCAAACUGAACCACAUCUACCAGUUUGAAUAUGUAUCACAACAUUUGGUAUUUGCCAACUGCAUUCCAUUGAUCCUGAAGUUCUUCAAUCAAAAUAUCUUGUCUUACAUCACUGCUAAAAACAGCAUCUCGGUCCUGGAUUACCCUUGCUGUACCAUUCAGGAUUUACCAGAACUUACUACGGAGAGUCUGGAAGCUGGAGACAACAACCAGUUCUGCUGGAGGAACCUCUUUUCCUGCAUCAACCUUCUGAGGCUGCUUAAUAAACUGACCAAAUGGAAGCAUUCCAGAACCAUGAUGCUGGUGGUGUUUAAAUCUGCUCCAAUUUUAAAGCGGGCUCUCAAGGUCAAGCAGGCCAUGCUGCAACUUUAUGUCCUGAAGCUGCUUAAAAUACAGACGAAGUACCUAGGGCGCCAGUGGAGGAAAAGCAACAUGAAAACCAUGUCAGCCAUUUACCAGAAAGUGCGCCACCGCAUGAAUGAUGACUGGGCUUACGGGAAUGACAUAGAUGCCAGGCCAUGGGACUUCCAAGCGGAAGAAUGCACCUUGAGGGCCAACAUUGAGGCUUUUAACAGCCGCCGAUAUGACAGACCCCAGGACUCUGAAUUUUCACCUGUGGAUAACUGCUUGCAAAGUGUGCUGGGGCAGAGGUUGGAUCUGCCUGAGGAUUUCCACUAUUCAUAUGAGAUCUGGCUGGAAAGAGAGGUGUUUUCACAGCCCAUCUGUUGGGAAGAGCUGCUCCAGAAUCACUGACUAAGCUCUUGUCUGCAAAGCCUCUGAUUCAUGGGGGUUGGCUCCAAUAAAUGGUGCUCUGCCUACCCUGCCCAUCCAGCCUUUGUUUCCAGCUCUAGAAGUGCUUGUCCAGGGGAGAGCUGGCCCAGUCCAAGGACAUCCAGUGUAGUUCAGGGUGUUCUGGGGCCUGCUGAGCCUCGAGGUGGUGCAAGGCGGUGACCCUGAGUCACAAAAAAAUCGAUCAACUUGCUCUGGGGUCUCUUGGAUGCCAGGUGGCCUUGGAAGUCUCCUGCUGGAUCAGUCCUGGAUAGGCUCUUUUGUGGGACUUCUCCCUACUUUUUAGUCUUACCUAGAACCAGCCUGGCCUUUGCUGGCCCCAAGAGUGAGAAUAACUUCAUUAUGGCAUUGGCCUGUGGCAUUCAUCAUAGUAAUGGGAGGUACAUGUCAUAAAAGAGAACAUUUUCUUCUUGCUCACCCUGGAUUCCUAGGAUUUACCAGAGGUUUGGCAAAACCAACUUUGAAAUUAAGUCUGUAUUUUAAGUUUAAAAUUUUGACACUCACCUCUUUCUAAAAUCAUUAGCGUUAAGAUGAUUUUAGAGCACCUGUACCUCCUUUGUGAAGGAUGAUUUACCAUUACCUGACUACUGCAUGUGUAUUUUGUGUAUUGUGUAAAGUUUUUUUCCUUUCUUCACCAAGAAACUAUGUUCAAUGUGAAAAUUAUUUCCUUGUGUACUCUGUAUAGGGCCUAGAGUGCUCCACCACAACCAAUGUGAAACAGUCAGGACUUCUUUAAGGAUAUUUCUAUAUUUCUGAAACUAUCUUAGUCUUAAAAUGACUGAGUACACUGCAGAAAAUUGUGGGUUUUUUAAUCUAAUUCAUUUUUUAAAUUAACUACAGAAAGUUUUAUUUAUUGAGAUGGCAUGUCCAUUUGUGCUCAUGAUCGAUUAUUAAUUGAACAGCAAGAGUAUUACAGCUUUCCAUUUUUCUGUUUCUAUGCUGAUUAAUUAAUUUUUUCUGCUAGUGGUUUCAAAGUGUCGUGUGGAGAUUUAGCGAUAUUGUUAGUACCUGAAAGUAUUGCACAUUCUUUGACUAUAUAAAGUACCAACUUCUUUAAACUUCUCUUACAGUAGAAUCACAUACUUCCCAACAGAAACGGUUUUAGAAAAGUUGCUGAUUCAAUCAGGAUAAUUUUAUUUCUCUUCUAGCCCCACAUUUGUCAUCUAUGUUUUCAAGCUUUUUUAACUUUAAAUCACUUCCUCCAACAUAGACACUACUGAAUCUUUUUUGUGAUAGCCCAGGCCACUUUAAUUGUGCCAGGAGGUCUAAUCAAAACUGGUGUAUUUACUCUGUCCUUUGUCAACCACAGUCUCAUUUGGAAGUCAGGAUUGAGUUAUAAACCAUGUCCAAAGGAACUAUACCAAAACUCUAAUUAAAGCUUGGAUUUCCCUUCUUUGUGCUUUAGGGUAACAGGAUUUCUGUUUUUAUGGAAAGGUCAUGAUGAAUGUUAAGUAUGUAAUGGAUGAAUCUUUUAAAAAUAAUUUGUAAAUUUUGCCAAAGUAGGACGGUAGUCCUUGUAGCAAUCAAAAUAAUUUACUGAGCAUAUCAUCUUUGAACUCUAUUCUAUAAAUUUAAUGUGAUUUAAGUAAAAAGAUAAUGUUCAAGGAAAGAGCAGUCAUCAAUCUAUUUCUUUUAAAGCCAUAUAGUAUUUAAUUUGUGUCAAGAACAAAUAAGUUGCCCUUUUAAAAAUAUGCACAUGAAUGCUUUCUGAGGCAUAGAAGUAUGCUAAGCCUUAACAUUUUAUACUUUCUUACCAGUCUUCUCUAAGGGAAGAUUAAUUCCCAGUGCAGAUGGAGAAACUGUGGCACCAAGAAUAAGUGAUUAGUUUCAUUUCAUAUCAUUUUUUCACUGACUUGCUUGGACUAGUAUUCAGGUAUUGACAGCCAGCCCCAUAUGCUAAGGUAACCAGUUUGAAUCUCCCAAUCUGAGAGCCCAUGUGUGUGGUUAGGAAUAAAUUCAGAUUACUCAACCUCCAAUGGUGAUAACUUUUACUACAAGGAAGACCAUUAUUUGAGUGCUUAGUACAGUAGAAGAUUUUUAUUUGUGAAUAUUUCAGUAAAGUUUGUGUUGAUUGUUGAUAACACUGUUUAUCUACUGAAGCACUUUAAUAAAAAGAGAAUUGAACUGGA